AUGUCUACGAACGUUACCUCUAUUGGACCCGGAGUCACUUAUAUGCGGCCUGAGCUACAUGACAUUAAACCCAUUGCUGUUGAAGAGCACGUACAGUUCCCUCAAAUUUUUGAGAGUCUCCCCGAGUCAAAAGAGGUUGCCCACGUCAAGAGGAAACUUGAGGGAAUCUUACAGUACCCUCCUCUGGCUUACGCACGAGGUCGAGGUCUCGAAGUUGGUGCCCAAAGACUCCGAGAUAUGGAUGAAGGGGGAAUCACAAUGCAAAUUCUCAGUUUUGGAAGUCCACUUAAUACGACAUUUGCUACCGCUGAAGAGGGUCUGAGACUUGCUCAAUCUAUCAACGAUGAGCUCAAAAAGGCUGUUGACAAAGACCCGACGCGUUUCAGAGCUUUUGCUGAGCUGCCAUUUCACGCUCCAGAGCUAGCAAUAGAGGAAUUGCGGAGAGUUGCGGCGAUGGGGUUUGUUGGCGUAAUGCUUUCCGGUUCGGUAGGCGGUACCGGCAAGUUUCUUGAUGACCCUGCAUUCUGCAAGCUUUUGCACGAGUUUGAGAUACUGGAUAUGCCACUUUAUUUGCAUCCUGGAAUCCCACCUGAGCCCGUUGUACGAACAUAUUACGAGAUACCUGGAAACAAUCUCGCAACCGCUAUGAUGGCGAGCGGCGGCUGGGGCUGGCACAGCGAAGUGGGAAUCCACGUGCUUCGCUUGGCCAUAUCCGGUACCCUCGAUGCCCAUCCUCGGCUAAAGCUAGUCAUUGGUCAUCAAGGAGAGAUGCUACCAUUUAUGCUACAGAGAUUUGAUGGGGCCCUCGAGCAUAAGGCACUGGGCUUGAAGCGGAGUGUGGGGGAGAUUCUAAGAACACAAGUCUGGGUAGCCCUCUCAGGAUUCUUCACGCUGCCAGUCACCCAGUUGACUCUGCAGACCUGGGGAUCAGACCACAUCCUGUUUGCUCUGGACUAUCCGUAUGUGGAUUGCCAGCGGGUUCCUUCGUUCCUGAAGGCAAUGAACGAUCUAUUCGCCCCUUCAGACAUGAGAAAAAUACUCCAGACAAACGCGGAGGAGCUUUUCAAGUUGAGGACCUGA